AUGGUUCGUUACGCCGCCGCCGCACUCGCUACCAACCCCGAGAAAACUUCGCGCGCUCGCGGAGAGUACCUCCGGACACACUUCAAGAACAUGCGCGAAGUUGCGGCUGCCCUCACUGGUUACAAGUUGACCAAGGCAUACGCAUACCUUAGUGACGUUUCAGACCACAAGCAAGUCAUUCCCUUCCGACGAUUCUCUGGUGGCGUUGGGCGUGCAAGCCAGGCAAAGCAGUUUAAGACGACGCAAGGUCGCUGGCCGGAGAAGUCGGUGAAGUUUAUCCUUCGUCUACUGAAGAACGCUGAAUCAAACGCCGACGCAAAAAACCUCGAGCUGGAGGAUCUCUACAUCAAGAACAUCGUCGUCCAGCAAGCUCCUAAAACCCGCCGCCGUACGUACCGUGCCCAUGGUCGUAUCAACCCCUACCAGGGUCACCCUUGCCAUGUCGAGAUCAUCCUCUCGGCAACAGAUUCUGAGGUCGAGCGGAGCAAGGACAAGGACGUUGUUGCGACAUCAUCAUUCGCUGGGCUAAACAGGAGACAGGUUGCUCGCAGACGGAUUGAAGCUGCCCGGGGGGAUUAA